CCUCGUCUACUUUGGUCUCUGUUUUUUCACGCCGGAGAGAGAGAGAGAGAAAGCUAGAAACUUUACAAUGGAUCCGAUCGAAUCUAUCGACUACGACGGCUUCGAGACCUACAACGGCAACACCACCCACGUCGACCACGGAUGGAAGAAAGUCGUCUACCCAAAACGCCACCGUAAACAGAAACCGGCGGAUCAGACGGCGACUAACGGCAAAAAUGUUGACGUAGCUAACGGCGAUAACGUCUUCCGUUCACUCGAGGAGCAAGCCGAGGAUCGAAGGAAGCGGAUCCUCGCGGCGAAGAUGGCUGCUGUUGACGUGGAGGAUGAACCCAACGGCUCGAGAUCUUACGGUUACGAUGAGAGCGACGAUGAGAUCGCGGCGAUGAAUGAGAAGAAGAAGGCGGAGGAGACUAAGAAGCCGAAACCUAAGAAGGAGAAGAAGCCUAAAGUGUCGUUGCCUGAAGCUGCUGCGAAGAUCGAUCCUUCAAAUCUCGAAGCUUUCCUCAUCGAAGCAUCGGAAGCGUAUGCUACUCAGCCGGAGAUUCAGCUGAUGAGGUUUGCUGAUUACUUUGGGAGAGCACUUUCAGGAGUGUCAUCUGUGCAGUUUCCAUGGGUGAAGAUGUUCAAAGAGUCUCCUUUGUCCAAGUUGAUUGAUGUUCCUUUGGCUCAUGUUCCUGAACCAGUCUACAAAACAUCAGUGGAUUGGAUCAACCAACGUCCAGUUGAAGCCCUUGGAGGGUUUGUGUUGUGGGCGUUUGAUUGUAUUCUCACAGACUUGGCAGCUCAUCAAGGAGGUGCUAAAGGUGGGAAGAAAGGUGCACAACAGACUCCUUCCAAAUCUCAGGUGGCAAUUUUUGUUGCAUUAGCAAUGGUAUUGCGUAGGAAGCCUGAUGCUUUGACUAAUGUAUUGCCAACUCUGAGGGAGAAUGCCAAGUAUCAAGGACAGGACAAGCUUCCGGUUAUAGUUUGGAUGAUGGCUCAGGCGUCUCAAGGUGAUCUAUCCGUAGGGUUGUUGUCAUGGGCACACAACUUGUUACCUGUAGUCGGUAAUAAGAAUUGCAACCCUCAGUCAAGAGAUCUCAUCCUGCAGUUGGUAGAGAAAAUGUUGUCGAAUCCAAAGGCUAGGACCAUACUUGUAAACGGAGCUGUUAGGAAGGGAGAGCGAUUGAUUCCACCUCCCAUGUUUGAGAUCUUGGUCCGGAUUACAUUCCCUGCUUCAUCCGCAAGAGUUAAGGCUACAGAGAGGUUUGAGGCAGUGUAUCCCUUGCUGAAGGAAGUUGCUCUUGCCGGUGCACCAGGGAGCAAGGCCAUGAAACAAGUCACACAACAGAUAUUCACUUUCUCUCUGAGGUUAGCUGGAGAAGGAAACCCUGUUCUAGCCAAGGAAGCUACAGCAAACGCUAUAUGGGCCGUGUCCGAAAACGUGGAUUGCUGCAAGCACUGGGACAAUCUCUACAAGGAGAAUCUUGAAGCUAGUGUUGCUGUUCUCAAAAGGCUUGUUGAUGAAUGGAAGGACCAUUCUGUCAAGCUAUCAUCAUCACCGAGUGAUACUGCCACUCUCAACCGAACUAUGAAGAGCUUCAGGCUAAAGAACGAGGAAGCCAUCACUGAAGGAAGAGCCAAUGUUUCUCUCUACAAAGAAGCUGACAAGUCAUGCAAAGUGAUAUCAGGGAGACUCUCCCGUGGAAGUGGCUGCCUCAAAGGAACAGCCAUUGCUGUUAUGGUUCUAGCCGCUGCUGCAGCUGUUCUAGCAUCCAACCCUGAGGUUACAACCGAGCUGAAGAACCUGGUGGACUCAUUGGAGCUGCACCAAUACUAUAAUCCAAUCAUCACAGCUUUAAAGAACUGAGAGAAGAGAGAUGAAAACAACCUGAGGACGAUACGAUAAGUUAUCGUCCGUGUAGAGAAUUUACUUGAAAGUUAAAAGCCUUUUACUCCCAAAGAUGCAAAGUUUUGAAAGAAAUUUGACAAUGAGAAUAAAGUUAUUUCUGUUUAUUA